GUCCGAGGUCGAUCCGACCGGACCCAAUGUUGUCCUCAUAGGGGGGGACCACGCAGCACUGGUGUUCGACCUGAUCCGCCCGGCGACAAAAGAGCACCAAGCAAAGGGCAAGACCUCCGUAGCGGUGGUAAAGGAGCACGAAGAAAGGGCGGCAAAAAAGGACGGAAACGCGACAAAAGCAGCGGGGACAAAGGACGACCCAAAAGCACCGAAAGAGACCCCCGAAGGUGGGGUGAAGCUGACAGGCAGUCAGAAAAGGGCGUUGCGAAAAGAAAAGCUCCAGCGGAUCCGGGAGCUGCGCGCGGCCAAACACAGGCAAGCACGCGCCGCCGCCGAGGGGACAACGACGCCGCCAGCAAAGCAAGACCGACUCCGCUCGCUACCCGGCCUAGGGGCGGUGCUGUGCCUAGCGUCCGGCGCAGUAGCGGCACUGUGCGCAACAGCAACACAGGACACAGGCCUUCCGGGGGCCGUGGAGAGCACCAGCACAGAGAAGGGGACGAAGGCGGAGGUCGCGCGAGAGGCGAACAGCACCGGCGCCGCACAAGAGGGGGCGCCCCUACCGGAAGACCCGACGCGACUACCCUGGGACCCCGCGCUGUGGCGCGACCCCGCGCCGGUCGUGCAAAGACGCACACGACUGAACCUGAAGCGGGCGGACUGGACGUUAUACCGGGAAGACCUCGGGCGCUUCCUAGCACAAAACGCACCCCCAGCAACCGUCGAGGGGAAGGUGGAGUACGUGAGGGCCGCGAUCUUCGAAGCAGCACGCAGAAGCAUUCCGCGCACAAACGUCGCGCGGAAAAGACACAAGCGCCCAAGGGGGUCGGCGCCCGGCGUCGGC